UAGAGGAACACAGGAAAAAGAGAGACGGGAGGUCUGCAAUGGGGUUCUUUAUAGACAUUAACAAACAGAUGAUAAAAUAAUCACUAAUUUAGUGCUAUAACCAAUUGGAAUUAAUAAAUUUAAUCCAUAUAUAAUGUUAUCAAAGACUUUUGGAUGUUAUCCCAUCUCUCAUCAUUAUGCUGACAAAAAGGGGAAUUUCUCUUGCAAUCUGUGAUGCUUCCUGUUUUGUGAAAACAUACUCAACCUAAACAGCAGCUCUAAUUCACUUUGAGAGAAAGCUGAAAUAACAGACUCUCUUCUGUUUGCUGUUUGUUUAAAACGAGUGAUUCCCCAAAGGUUGGAGAUUCAGCUGCUCCAUGUCAAUCACUUGUUGUGACAACAAACCUCUGCCCCUCUCACACCAGACAUGCAUCAGAGCAGAAAUUCUGCCUGUUUUUGAGGAACUUAAGCUUGUGUUAAUUGGAAGUCAUGGUGUUGGAAAAAACUCCAUUGGUAAUGCCAUCCUUAGGAAAAAAGUCUUCACAUACUGGAAAGUUCGUAAACAUGCCGACAUUAAAGAGACUCGUACAGUAUCACGAAGACGGAUUCAUUUGACUCGCACCCCAGGCUGGAAAGAAGACUGGAAUAAUCCAGAGAAAACCAAAAAUGACAUUUUUCACUGUGUGAUGUCCAUACCUUUCACGAAACCUCACGCAGUGCUCUUGACUCUUAAAGUGAACUCGAAAUUGUCAGAGUUCACCAUCAGCACACUAGAGAAUCGUCUUACUGCUCAGCUGUGGGAUCAUACUAUAGUGCUCUUCACACAUAGAAAAAAACUGGACUGUACCAUUGAGGAUUAUAUCAUACGCCACAGCUUCAACCUUUAUGACAAAUGUGGACAAAGAUAUUUUGUGAUCCACAAAAACUACAGCCAGAUUACUGACACAAUCGAAGAGCUCAUUGCCCAGAAGAACUUACCCGGUUGUUUUGAACCUCAUAAUCAGAAAAAGGAUGAUAAUAUAAUACUGUCAGAAUUACAAGUCCUUGUCACGAGAAUCAAAUCUAAAAUCAGUUCUAUAUUAACAUACAAGGACAAUUUAAAAAAUGCACAAAAUAAAGCACUACUCGAUUCAAAGGAUAAAGAGAUCGAGAGACUGAAUACCAUUGUUGAAGAAAAAGAGAGGGAGAUAAAGAGACUACAAUCACUAUCAACUCAAGAUAGACCUGACCUGUCUGCCCUAUGCAGAAUUACUGAACUGGAAGAUCAACUUUGUAUGAAAAACAAUGAACUAAAGGAAGUGAAACACGAGAAUGUAACACUGAAAAAGGAGAAUGUAACACUGAAAAAGGAGAAUGAAGAAUUGAAAGAAGAGUUACAAAUGCAUCAACAUGCAGGCUAUCGUAAUAAACUCUGUCAAGAUGUCAAACAGAAAUCCAUGACAAAGAAAACACAAAUCCAGUUACAUGACCUUUCUUCAAAAGGCUCAGCUCUAAACAACUGGAAUGAGACUCUUCUUAAAAUCUUGGAAAUGCUGAAGGAUUAUGAAAUGAAGAAAUUGAAAUUCUUCUUAAAUAACGAUGAAGAAUUCACAAUAUCUAUUGACUCAAUAGUGGACAGCGUUGAUCUAGCAAACGCAAUUAAAAAUCAGUGGGAUAAAGAACGGGCAGUGCUGAAAUUACGAGACUUCAUCAAGAAAAUCCCUCGAAAUGAUGAUAAAAUGAUACAAUUGUUUGCACCUUUCUUGCAGGAAAUUGGUGAAACAUGGUGAUCAUCAGCUAUUCUGCAGUCAUCAUUUCUUUCUUAAAGAGGACUGCUUCAUUUUAAUGAGAUAUUUCUUCUCCAUAUCAGGGAAGUCUCACACAUCUUUAUUGAAAUUAGGCACUGGAAUAUUUUUAUCUUCAAGAACCCAGAGAACCAUGAAACAUGUCUAAUGAUUAGUUCCUACCCAGGGAACAGGGAACGUUCUUAGAACAUUCUGACAAGGUUCUUUCAAAGUUAUGAUCAUUCUUCUAAUAAUGUUAAUAGAAUGUUUGUUCAAAGUUGUCUUGUCUUUAAUGAUGUUCUCAAAAUGCUAGAACACAAAUAACAUUUUAUUUAAACAUUGUUCAUGGAAUGUUUUUUCUUAAAGAAUUUAGUUGGAUGUUCAUCUAACAUUUUUUAAGACGUUAUUUAAGCAUGUUCAGUGAACAUUUAAAAAUAAUGUUAUAAUGUUUGCAAAAAAUUCUGUUAACAUUUGUAUAACCAAGAAAAAAAAAAAAAAAAAAAAAAUCUGAAAUAAUGUUUUCAUAACUUGAAGGGAUAGUCUCUUUCAAAAAUUUGGGCUAAACUGCUUGAUUUAUAUGGAUUAGUUUUCCGAUUAAUGAACUUUUUGAAGUGCCAAAGAUCAAGUUGCAAAUGCAGUCUAUGGAGGGACAGAAAUCUCUCAGAUUUCAUAAAAAAGAGAGCUCUUCAUUUGUGUUCCAAAGAUGAGCGAAAGUCUUACGGGCUUGGAACGACAUGAGUGUAAAUAAUGUCAAUUUUCAUUUUUUGGGUGAACUAACACUUAAAUGAGAACAUUAGCAAAAGAUUAUUUGAAUAUAUAUUUUUUACUUGGGUAUGGUUACAUUUUGAAUAUUUGCAGCAUUAACUAUUUAAAAAGGUCACAGCUAAAUUUAGUCUUGUCUAAAAGAUAUAUCCAUAUGUUGUUGACAUAUUGUAAAAUUGUUAUUUAGUUGCUCAACUGACUUCAGGGAAUCACUGCCAUUUAAAUAUGUUCAUACACUGUGAUGUCAUGAGGAUAAUCAGGGAAAAUAGGCACUGGAAACUGGCAACUUCAUGAACCUUUAUGUCUUUUUAUGAUUUCAAAAAUGUUUUUUCUUUUUUUUUUUAUAUAUUAAUUUCACAUUAAAACUUGAUUUUUUUUUUUUUUUUUUUUUUUUUUUUUUACAUACUUUAUUUGUCUUUGUGACUUCUAAAAUUAGGUGACCAGAUUUCUAAAAUGGAAAUCGAGGACAUUUCCUAUGUGAGCGGUCAAAAUACCACCAAAAUCUCAUUUGUUAUUAUCUAUUAAUUAAAAAACGGGGACAGUACUUAUUUUGUUUUUGUUUCACAUUUUACAUUAAUAAAUAUUAUGAUUUAAUUUUA